AUGACAUCGCUACGCACUCUCCGCCUCGCUCGACAGGUCGCGGCUUCAUGUCGGGGUCGCGCCAUCGCUCGGGCUUAUGCCGUUCAGGCUGAUCUGAAGCCCAACACUUCCUACCGCUCCGUCACCCAUCCCGACUCUUCGGCACCUCAGGAGACACACGAUCUGAUCGCCUCCCACACACAGUACCUGCUCAACACGUAUGCCCGGCCUCCCAUCCUCUUCACCCACGGGAAGGGCUGCACCCUGACCGACUCGUCCGGCCGGACCUACCUCGACUUUACCGCCGGUAUCGCCGUGACUGCCCUCGGUCACUCUGAUGACGGCGUCAACAAGGUCAUCGCUGAGCAGAGCGCCAAGCUCUCGCACGCGAGUAACCUCUACUGGAACGAGUACGCCGGCGAGCUGGCCAAGCUCCUCAUUGACCUCACGCGCGAGCAUGGGGGCUUGGGCAUGACGCCAGACGGGAAAGAAGGCGGGAAAGUGUUCUUCUCCAACUCGGGAACGGAGGCGAAUGAGGGUGCGCUCAAGUUUGCGCGCAAGUACGGCAAGGAGAAGGGCGGGGACUCCAAGAUAGGAAUCGUCUGCUUUACGAACGCCUUCCACGGUCGGUCAAUGGGGGCAUUGUCCGUUACACCGAACCCGAAAUACCAGGCGCCGUUCGCUCCUCUCAUCCCAGACGUGCGGGUCGGGGAGCUGAACGAUAUGGACAAAGAGAAGAUGCUGGCGUUGAUUGAUGAGAAGACGUGUGGGGUGAUUGUGGAGCCGAUUCAGGGAGAAGGAGGCGUCACGGCGGCAAAGACGGAAUGGUUGGAGAUGGUCGCGACUCGGUGUCGGGAGGUCGGGGCGGCGUUGAUCUAUGAUGAAAUUCAGUGCGGUCUGUUCCGCUCAGGCACAAUGUGGGCACACUCGUCCUUUCCCCCAUCCGCUCAGCCCGAUAUCGUCACCAUGGCCAAACCCCUCGCCAACGGCUUCCCCAUCGGGGCCAUCAUGGUCCGCGACUCUGUCGCCUCCGUCAUCUCCGUCGGAUCCCACGGUACUACCUUUGGCGGUCAACCCCUCGCUACCCGGAUAGGCGUACACGUCCUCUCCCGCCUCAGCAAGCCCGAUUUCGCAUCCAACCUCAAAUCCACCGCCGCACACCUCGACACCCUCCUCUCGCGGCUGCCUGGGCUCUUCCCGGGUUUGAUACAGGAGACCCUGCGCGGUCGGGGCCUCAUCCGGGGAAUAGGGUUUAAGGAUGAAAAGGCGCCGGCGGAGCUGGUGAAGCGGGCGCGAGAACGGGGAGUCUUGCUCCUGUCCGCAGGAUCGGACGCGGUACGGUGUGUCCCAGCGUUGAUUGUGAGCAAGGACGAGUGCGAUCAGGCGAUUGGGGUAAUGGAAAGCUGUCUGGCGAUGAUGGUCGAGGAGGGAUGGGGGAAGGCGUAG